AUGACGUCAGAAACGGCCGUUGGGGAGCAGGCGCCCGCUCGCGCCAGCCCCGCCGCGUCACGUGGUUCGCACCUCGCGCCAGCCCGCCAUUUUGUGCUUCGAAGCAGGAUGCGGCCGGGCCUCAUUGCCGCCCCGCUGUUGGGGCUGCUGCUGCUGCUGCAGACGGGCGCCGGCGUCCUGGCGCUGUGGACGGCCAGGAGGGCCCCCGCGGGCACGUGGCGGCCGCGCGGUAACGCUGCGCUCCCCCGGGCAGGGUGCGGGGAGCAGCCGCUCGUGGACCAGCUGUCGGGGCCGCGGAUCGUGGGCGGCCGGGACGCGCCGCUGGGAGCCUGGCCCUGGCAAGUCAGCCUGCAGGUCUUCCGGCCCGGCCUGGGCUUCCGGCACCUGUGCGGCGGGGCGCUGGUGGCCGAGCGCGUCGUGCUGAGCGCCGCGCACUGCGCGCGGGACCGGCGGGACCCAAGCCAGUGGAGGGCUAUGAUUGGUGUAAAUAACCUUUUUAAACCUGAGAGACAUACUGUGAAAAGCAGUGUUGAAGAAAUUGUUAUCCAUCCAGAAUUCAAGAAGGAGACUUUUGAAAAUGACAUUGCAUUAUUUAAACUAGAUAAAUCUUUAGGCUACAGUGACUACAUUCAGCCCAUCUGCUUACCCUUUGCUCACUUUCAUGUAAAUAUUGAAAACCGGACACAAUGCUUCAUAACUGGUUGGGGCAGUAUUUCUGAGAAAGGUGAAAGCGCACGUAUAUUACAAGAAGCUGAAGUAUAUAUUAUUCCUUCAGAUAUUUGUAACGGUUUUGAUUGGUAUGCAGGGAUGAUUACUGCAAAUAUGCUUUGUGCUGGUGAUGAAUCAGGAGGUAUAGAUAGUUGUCAGGGAGACAGCGGUGGACCGUUAGCAUGCUAUGAUCCUUCUGCCAGCAAAUACUACCUGACAGGGAUUACAAGUUUUGGGUUUGGCUGUGGCCGGCCUAGGCUUCCUGGAAUCUACGUGCGUAUGUCUCAGUAUGACAGAUGGGUAAACACUCAUAUUUUGCUGGGCAGCAAAUCUACAGCUAUGAGCAUUGCACUGGCCUUGAACUUCUUAUGUGUAGGGUGGAUAUUACUAGAGACUGCCUGAAGAGCAUGCUCUUAUUUCAGUGUAACAGACAUUUCAGUAUUUUCUCAAGUUGCCACUUGAACGUUGUCCAGUGGGGCAACUACUCAUGUUUUUUUUUUUUUAUAAAUAACUAUCAUUAACAAAUGUGGAUAAAUGCUUUUUUCUUUAUUAGCACAAGGUGUUUUAUCCAUCUAUUCCACAUACAUACAUGGCCUAUAAUGAAGCCUUUUACUUUUUGAAUUGGUACUAAUCAUUGUGUGUCAUAAGUAAGUGAAGCAAAGCAUAAGCAGUAGAGAGAUUUUAUAGAGUUAUAUUAGCAUAUUCUGUGGGCUUCACCUUUAAAAAUAUGAAAGCCAGUCUAUUAUAAGGCUAUGUAUUAUGUUGAUAAGUAGGCAUAAAACAGUAGUUUUUGUCAAAGUAAAGCAGAAAAUUAUUAUUUUGGCCAAAUCACAAAAUGCAUUCCAUUCAAGGCUUGAAGGGACAUGGUCAACUAUACUUUGCUCUGUAUUAUUGUACCAUUUACGUUAUUGUUCUAUUAUUACAAUAUCUUAGCAUCUAGGAAAUAAAAUGCAUUUCACACCAAGAUAAGUCCUGAUUUAGUUUUGUCUGUAGAUAAAAUUCCCAAACAUGCCAGUAAAUUCACACUCUGUGGGAAUGUAGUUGCAUAGAAAUUAUUUAGGAAGGAACAUUCCCUCCUUUUCAGGUAAAUACAACUUACUGUAUUUAUUUAAAAGUGUGUGUGAUUUGUACAAUCCGUUCCUACCCGUCACUGAGUUCAGCACAAAUAUAAGGAGAAAUGAACAGUAAUCUUUCUACUAUAAAAUGUGACACUGACCAUAUAAAUAAUAAACUGGAGUCAGAAAUAAUUUUGGUCUUUUUUUUUUUUUUAAACCCAGUCUCUUUUCAGCUCUAGUAAUCAGGUGUGGUCAGCAUUUACAGGCAAAAAGGGAUUUUUAAACUAGCUCAUGCUCCCUCUGCUGGAUUACUAGCAGCAAAGCAUAGAGUGUUUUCUAAUUGUAGGUAAUGGCAAAGAUUCAUUUAAAACUGAUAGCCCCUUCCUCCACAAGCCACAAAAAUCUACACACAGAUAGCCAGAAAAUUUACUUAGGAAUUUCUACUAUAAUCUUAAUUUUAAGGGUAUUUUGAACCUGGGACAACAGUUUCCUUUUAACUAGCAAUUAAUUUUGAUUCAAUAAACAACAAACAUUAGAAUUUUAUUUCGGGGUCUUUAUUACUGAGGUCAAUAGUUGCAGCCACCUAUAUUUCAACAAAUAUUUACAGUUCAUAUGAAGUAUGUACCUAUGUUUGGAGAGAAAUGGAGCGAUGGUAUUCAGUGUUUAUUUACAUUCCUUUCUGGAUACAGUUUUGUAAUUAUUACCACAUAUAUAUAUAAGCAAAUUGUAUGCAUGUUGCCAGGUAACUUCCUCCUGACCAAAAAAAAACACUUGCAAGAACAAGCCAGUACAAUUGCUUCCAUAAUAAUAAAAAAGGCCUAAGCUCCUGCUUCUUAAAACAUUACAUCAACGGGAUAGUAACUGAUUAACGUAUUUCUCAACAGCAGCUAGGCAGGAUUCUUUGGGUAAAUGUGAUCUUUUUUAUUAGACCAACUAAAUAGUUGGUAAAAUUGUUCUUUGCAAUUUUCUGGGCACAGGCACCCUUCUUCAAAAGAUAUCACAUCUACCCAAAGAACCUUGUCUGCUUAUGCCCUUAAACCAACAUGACUUCAACCAACAGCCCUCAAUUCAGCUCAGUGGUGAAGUGGAGCUAGAAUCAGCUGCUAAUACAACCUUGCAAUUUGUCAGCUUUUUAAAAAAAAAUUGCCAUAAAGGGAUCUUUACAAAAAACAACAGAAAAACAGCAAACAGUCAGGAUCCAAAUACCAUCCAGGAGAACUAGUGAGCUUGGUAAAGCAUUAAUUCUGAUAGUCAAACUCUGCUCACAGAUGCACACCUGUCUCCUUUUCAAGUUAAUGAAAGUUUUGUGCACCUCCAAGGGCAGAGGUUGCCAGAAGGGUGCUGAAUGCCUUCUGAGAAAUGCUCGUUAUCCUACACUCCCAUCGUUCCUAAAGAAAGCAUAAGGCAGUUUGCACCUCUUAGCAUAGGUUCGUUCCAUCAUAAAUACUGAAAGCCAGCCUUGCAGUUUUUACCAGUGCUGAGCAACAAAUGCAUUUUAAACGCUUCUUCAAGAUUUUUGUACAUGAUUUGUGAACUCCAUUUUGUUUCUAGGAACUGUAGAGGGAACUAUGUCCCAUGACAGUUGCAUUUGCUGAAGUUUAUAAAGAUAACAUGCAAGUCACUACCACAGCUCAUGUAGUGCAAAGUUCUGACUUAUCUGCAAACAGUCUAUGCUGGCUAGGAAGCCAGGUACUACAAACAAACCAAAAAAAAUAAGACUGACGACUCAAACAAAUGUCGAGUGACCUCAUAUAAGCAGUACACAUGUAGGAAGUAAAUUAAUCUUUAAUUCCACUUGUUUGGGCUAGAACAACGCAGUCAAACACAGCACUGCCUCUUAGUAGUAACACAGUCUGUUGUGCAAUUCCAAUACAUAUAACUGGAACCAGAAUGCAGUCAAAACUAUGGAAAAAAUAGUGCAUUACCAUUCAUGCAAAAGCAAUGCCUAUAUACGGUUUUAUUUGUACCCAAGAGUCCUGAUCACGCUAAAUAUCCUUUAAUUGUUCAUUUGAAAAAAAAAAAACCAAUAAAAAUGAUACAUACCAAAAUUCCUGAUAGCAUUUUGCAUUAAGUUCAAACACAUGCAAAGCUUUAUUGAGUAUGCCAAAAAAACUUAACCUAUUUUUUCCAAUAAGAUUUUUUUAGGAUUUAUUAUUUUUGUAAAUUGCCUAGAGAUGCAUAUAAGAGUAAUUCAAAUAUUUCCCACCCCAGAGGAUUUAAAUUUACUUUGUACUAUCCAUAAAAAUAUAUGAUUGAAAAUCUGAGACAUAAAAUAUUCUAUUUGUUUACUAAAAGGAGCUGUAUAAACAGUAAAAACUGUUAAAAUAGGCAUAUAAAUUCAAUUUCAGAAUUUGUAAAGAUUUUAGUUUAACUAUAAAAUAUACCCACCAUCUAACUGUUUAAUAGACUACUUUGUUACAAAGAUACCAUUUUUUGUAAAAUAUCGCCUACCUUACAAAAUAAGUUUGGUAAUUGUGCACUCUUUUUCAAAAUUUAUAAGCCCUAUAUUAGAACCUUAUUAACCCCUUUGGUAUGUAUCGUUAGCUCUUUUUUUUUUUUACUGUUCCUUUUUUGGUGUGUAAACUUUACAACUAAACACAGUAGGAUUUCCAAGCAGAAUAAGCAAUGCAUGUUCAGUUGUACAUAUAAAUCAGCACACAAUUUAUUUUUCAAUUAUAGAAGCUUAUCUCACACAGUAAUCAAGAACACAACUAUUUAAAAAGCAUUUUUCAACAGCUCUGGCUCAGCUGUACCCAUUCUACCAAAAACUAGGUUUAAAGUAAUUGGAUGUGUUUAAUACACUUAAGUUGCCAACACCUUAAUACUCAUGUGCCUUGGACAUCUUCCAGGAUUAGGCCUGAAAAAUAAUUUGCAUUGCUUUCUGUGAAACCUCCGUUUGAGAAACACAGCAAACAUUUCAUAAAACAAAAACCCCUAAAGCCCUUUAAACCCUAAGCCCUUUAAACAAACUGCCAGCUGAGACAAGUAAAUAUAACUUAUAUUUUUAUCAAAGUAUUAGUUUCUUUUUAUCUUCUACACCUGUAAGUUAGAAGUUACAGGUUGAAAUAAAAAAUAUUUACAUACAAAUAACUGAAAUAAAAGAUAAGGAUCAGAAAACAAUAAGAAAUUAAAACAUACUGGUUAUAUAUGUUGCUAAUCUUGGUAAGCUAAUGGGAAGGAUUCCAUUUACCCACAUUUGAAUUGUAAUAAAAUAUUGCUGCUGUUACAAAAUUGAUUUUUUUUUAGUUCAGGAAACUCAAGUCACUUGUCAGGUAAAAAUGUGCAUGUCGUUUUAUUGUAGAUAUAAUCUUGAAUGUAAUGAUAUUUCCAGUUGCACCAGCAAGAAUUUAGGUUAGGUUUCUUGUUUCCUUUUUUGUAUUUUGUCACCAUCUUGUAAAUAAAAUCUUUACAGUCUUUAA